CCGAGGGCAAAUCCGCCUCGGUUGCUCAUUGGUCCAAAAUUAUGGAAUCAGAUGACGUAGUAGUUCCGGGUUUCUAGGUCCCAAGAAAAGGUAACUUUCGGUCAUUUCUGGAUAGCGGUAGACACACGACUGACCGGGUUUUCCGCUGCUGAAGGUGUAACACUUGGAAAUCAGUGGACCAAAUAUUUUCAUACUACAGUUGUGGGAUUCAUAAAAAUUGUCUACUCUGGGGGCUUUUCUCUUUAUGAGACUUCCCAUCUGACAUAAUCGUCCUUACACGCCUGAAACAUCUGCUGCUCAGUUCCCUUCCACACUUACUCAGUAUGGGUCUCCAGUCAGACUCCGCCCUCCAGUCUAUCCUCCUCUUUCCAAUCCACCUUCUGGUAUGGCUGUACUCCGUCCUGUCCUUCCUGCCCUGGUACUACAUCACUGGUGCCAGGCAAAAAAAAGUUCUGUCCAGGCGGAUAAAGGCCCGUUCCACUUCAGGCUGUGCAGAGGGACCAUACCGCUCUGUGGACCACUUCGAUUCCCUGGCCAGGGAGGACUUCCCAGGCAAGGACACACUGGAUAAGCUGUUCGAGCAUGCUGUGCAGCGCUUUGGACAAGCACAUUGUCUCGGCACCCGAGAUAUUUUGAGCAGAGAGAAUGAGAUUCAACCCAGUGGUAAAGUAUUUAAAAAGCUGAUCCUGGGGGAAUAUAGAUGGUUCUCCUACAAUGACGUGGACUCUAUAGUCAGUCAGUUUGGCAGUGGAUUGGCAGCUCUGGGGCAGCAGCCUAAAAGCAGUAUUGCAAUCUUUUGUGAAACCAGAGCAGAAUGGAUGAUCACUGCCCAGGCAUGCUUCAGACACAAUUUCCCAUUGGUGACAUUCUAUGCCACACUGGGAGAGGAAGCAAUUGCUUUUGGACUGAACGAGACUGGAGUUACACAUCUAGUUACCAGUCUGGAACUGCUUGAGACUAAACUGAAAAAUGUGCUUCCACAGAUCCCAAAACUGAAGCAUGUGAUCUAUGUAGACCAGAAGAAAGUGAGCACAGAAGGCUACCCAGCAGGACUGUCCAUCCACAGCAUGCAGGCCGUACAAGAACUGGGCACGCUGCCUGAGAAUAUGGGGAGGGCAAUUGUGAAGCCCCAGCCCUCUGAUCUGGCUGUGGUGAUGUACACCAGUGGCUCUACAGGCAGACCCAAAGGAGUCAUGAUUGUCCACAGUAACCUAAUUGCAGGAAUGACAGGCCAGUGUGAACGCAUUCCUGGACUCGGGCCUAAUGAUACUUACAUAGCCUAUCUGCCCCUGGCUCAUGUUCUGGAAAUGACAGCCGAAAUCUCCUGUGUCACAUAUGGCUGUCGGAUCGGCUACUCAUCCCCCCAGACACUGUCAGACCAGUCCACUAAGAUAAAGAAAGGAAGUAAAGGAGACUGCUCUGUGCUCAGACCCACCCUGAUGGCAGCUGUGCCAGAAAUAAUGGAUCGCAUCAACAAAAAUGUGAUGAGCAAAGUGCAGGAAAUGAAUUUCAUUCAGAGGAAGCUGUUUACACUGGGCUACAAAUAUAAACUAGAACAGAUCAGGAGGGGCUAUGACGCACCACUCUGCAAUGCCCUGUUGUUCCGGAAAGUGAAGAAACUGCUGGGAGGACGGGUGAGGAUGAUGUUGUCUGGAGGAGCCCCCCUGUCCGCAGCCACUCAGAGAUUCAUGAAUGUGUGUUUCUGUUGUCCAGUGGGCCAGGGCUAUGGCCUCACUGAAACCUGUGGAGCAGGCACCAUCACAGAGAUUGCGGACAUCAGCACCGGCCGUGUUGGAGCUCCUCUUCUGUGCUGUGAGAUCAGACUCAGGGACUGGGCUGAAGGUGGCUACACCAGCAAAGACAAACCAAACCCAAGAGGGGAAAUCCUGAUUGGUGGUCCCAAUGUAACCAUGGGUUACUACAGGAAUGAAAGCAACAAUCAGGACUUUUUUGCGGAUGAAAAUGGUCAGAGGUGGUUCUGCACUGGAGAUGUAGGAGAGAUUUUCCCGGAUGGCUGUCUACAAAUAGUGGACCGCAAGAAAGACUUGGUCAAACUGCAGGCCGGGGAGUAUGUGUCUCUCGGUAAAGUCGAGUCUGCCCUGAAAAAUUGCUCUCUCAUAGACAACAUCUGUGCUUACGCAAACAGUGAUCAGAACUACGUGAUCAGCUUUGUGGUUCCCAACCAGAAAAAGUUGACAGAACUGGCCAAACAGAGAGGCAUUGUGGGAACAUGGGAGGAGAUCUGCACUCACCCCAACAUGGAAAGAGAGGUUCUGAAGGCGAUCAAGGAGGUUGCUGCUAACAUUAAACUCCAGCGAUUUGAGAUUCCAAUGAAGGUGCAUCUGAGUCCAGAGCCGUGGACCCCCGAGACAGGUCUGGUCACAGAUGCAUUCAAGCUGAAGAGGAAAGAGCUGAAGAACCACUAUCUCCACCACAUAGAGAGAAUGUAUGGGGGCAAAUAACUUCGACAAUUUCACCCAAGAGUCCCCAUUAUCACCUUAACCACUGUUUUGAUGUGUAAAUAAUCUUCCCGGUACCCAGUUGUAUCUUUAUGCCGUUUGUGUACCACAGGCGUCCAAAUGAAAAUGUCUUGAAGCAAAAAGGCAGAAGCCGUAGAUAGUUGUAGCUGUUGAUCCACAUGUGCUGCUUUUUAUUCUUGUGUAGAAGUUUUGAUUGUCAAAGUGAUACGCUCAAGUGGCAACUCUUAUUCCAUGAAAGGGAUCUGACUUAACUGCCAUCCACUUAAAUCUGUUGGCAUUCAGUUUGUAGCUGAUUGAAAGUACUACUGUCCGUCAUAUGUCGCUGAUGCUUUGUUGUUAGUUCCAUUUAAAACAUUAACAACUGUAAUCAUCACAGAGGCUUGUAAUGUUUUUUAAGGUUGAAGUACUGAUGUUCCUGUGCCUUCGGCCUUUAGUGUAGUCAAACUGAAGAAAUUGGCAUCUAGAUAGAAACAAAUAGUUUACGCUUGUGUUAACAAAAAUGGCUAAAUAGUCAUGUGAAGUUUACUUGAGGCUUUAGAAAAAAUAUCCCCACUACUGACAUUGAUCAUAGAGAAAAAAAAGUUUUGUGAUCAUGUCUGCUUAUCCACUUGUUUUUUUUUUCUCACCAAUGUUGUUUUAUUUAUGAGUUUUUAUUGUGUCAAUUGAUUCAGAAAGUAAGACCAAAAUGUGUAAACAUAAAUGACUCAGGAAGAUAAGCAAAUGUUUUAAUAUAUUAAACUGUCUAACAGUGGGCUCCUUGUUCAGAAAGCACUUCUGUCAAAAUUCUUGUGGGCACCUUAUUUAUUGAAGUGCAAGCAUGCUUAAUUACUAAAAUGCUUAUUAUCAUUAGCUAGUCAGAGCUGGUAUACUGUAAUAAUGUGCAUAUUUUACCUCAGUUAUCAGGUUAAUGUACAAUUUGGUAUAACAGUUAUCUGAUAAGUCUGUUCAUUUCAAUUUUAUAGAAGUGUUUUCUGUGUUUUUCGAAAUGUUGUUGUGUUAAUGGAUUAGCAUCAUUAAAACUAAGAACACAGACGUUGACAGUCACAUAACAGUUGGUUGUUUGGUGAACCUGUUUCUAUUUAUUACUCCAUCAUUAUGGUCACAUGCCUUGUUCAUCAUUUUACAAAUAAACAGCUUUUCGUAUUCA